AUGGCAUCAGCUGCUACUGCUGCUGGUGCUGGCGCAGCUGCAACUGCUUUGCUGCUGCUGCUGCUGCUGCUGCUGCUGCUCGUGCGGUACUGCGUACGAGAGACGAAAGCAGACUACUCGUUGACAGCACUCGCAGGAUUGAGGGGCCGCGUUGUCUGUGAAACCCCUGCUGGGGGCUCGCCGCACUUCAAGGGAACGAUCAGGCUGGACGCUCGGCCCAGGGGAACGCGCAUCGUAGCUAGCAACGUUGCCCCAAGAGGGAGCAUACUGCGGUGGACUGAGUGGAUCGAUGGCCUGGUCCUGCAUGCUGCUGAGGAUGUUGCGUUCUAUCAGUCUCGCAGAAGCUGCAAGCAGGGGAAUAGAGAACUCGACUCUGCAUGCAGGGUCGUUGUGGGCGUGUCUGCGGUGAUAACAUUGCUGCUCGGCGUAGCGUUGUUUCUGCUGAAAGGUCUGGUUGGUACUCGGCAGGGCUGGACGUUCGAUAUGCCGCAGUGUAAGACGCAGCUUUCUCAGUGGCUUUUCCUCUUGUCAUGUGGACCAGUGGCUCUGAGCUUCGCACUAGAUAUUGUGAAGCUCCGGCGAAAGGAGAACCUAUCGCACCCUCAAGGUUUACUGCGGGACCGGUGUGGAGGUAGCGCAAGGAUACGACAGGAAUGGAAGCAUAGAGACAACGAAACCGAGCAACGAGAACAGCAGCAGCAGAACUGCACUUCGUAUGACGAGGGCUGCUGCUCCUCUACGGUGUUCGGACAGCUCAUAUCUCCGUCUGCUCUUGAUGAUCUAGCUCGAGCAGACUUCUUGUUAUUCGAUAAGGGGGCUGUUGUUGAUGGAUCUACACUGCAUCUCCGGGGUGUAUGCGCCGGCGGCACCUGCUUUGCGAAAAAUCUCGCAACAGGCACGCAACAUGAAGACGCAUUGGAGGCCGAGGGUCACCUUUGUGGCAGCGCCUUGAGUGCUGGGGUGCCCCUAGACUCUCCCAGCGACUGUGCUUGUCAGCGGGAGCCGACAGCACAUGGCGGCGCGGCGGGGGGUGAAGAUAUCGCUGACAACGAGCCCCCGCUAAGCUCCUGCGACGCCGGAGGAGCCCUUGUCGUCAGGUGUGGGAGGUGCGACAUCGAGAUGGAGGAUAUGUCCACGAUCGAGCACUACUACACGACGCACCGUGAGGAAAGAUUCAGACUGGAAGUUCUCGCACAGAUUGCGUCCAUCUGCCACUGCUCAACGCCGUUCCUCUCAAGAAGAACCCAAGAAGGGAGAAAGGAGGGCGUGAACGAAAUGUCAGGGGUACCGGAUGCAACAAGAACGCAGGUAGAGAUAGACUUUCAGUCAACACUUCCCGAGGAUUCCGUCGUAUUGAAUCUCUGCGGGGCGUUGGGGUACAAGCCAGUCCUCCGUCGCGGCACAGAGCUGCACGUCGAGCGGUCGCCAAUACAAAUGCCGGAAUGUUCGCGCCUGUUGCAACAGGGAGAACCCUCGCAGGUUCCCAGGACACCGGGGGGAGCAUCCAGCAGGCCUCCGUCAGGCGCUGGGGGGAUCCCAGCAGAGAGGACCUGCAGCUGCUGCAGAGCCACUCCACUUCAAACCCUUGUUGAGGCUGUUUUCGGCGAGAAGCUGUGUGCCGCGAAUUGCAAUCCGGUGUCUCUAGUAGAGGUUGUAGGGAGCCACGCACCGUCGCAGCGGAGGCCCCGUCUGUCGUGUGUUGUGAAACCUAUGGGGCACCGGUCAGGGGCCUUACUCGUGGUGAGGGGCCCAGCAGCAGACAUCGCGAAGCUCUGCCGGGGGGGGUUGGAUGCCUUGAAGAGGAUCGAGCAGGGGACGGUUUUGCCGGAGAGGUCUCAGGACAAAGCAGCCAGCAGCAGCAGCGUCAGUGGAAGCGAAACAGAGAAGGUGCUGGAGGGCAGCAUGAAUGGGCGUGAAGGGGAUUCAGCGGUAUGUGGGGACGAACAAACGGGUGACGGAGACGCCGAGUACAUACGUAAGCUUGUGGGGUGCGUGGCUGUGACGGAGGAGCUACAGCCGGGAGUAAGAGAAACUUUAGCGGAGAUAAGAGGAGUGGGAAUUCGGCAGAUGUUCCUUGUCAGUGGCGAUAAGCACGCAGCCCUCGCGACAGCGAGGCACUGUGGGCUACUACCAUCCUUUGACUGGAGUUGUUUAAGCAAGUGUGGAACGCCAGAAACUACUCGCUACGUUCGCCCGCUAGGGGAGAUGAGUCAUCAUCGGUGCGGGCCGGUAUCGAACAGUGGUGCCCCCGCCGUCACAGUAACCAGGGGUGACCACUGUCCGAGUGACCAGGAGGAGAGCAGCGACCCAGCCAAAGCUGCGCCGUGUCGCCGUUGCUAUGACGAGAGCCAUUCUGUCAGCGUGCAGCAUACCAGUGAAGACCAUACAGGCUCACCUCGCAUGUUGUAUCCUGGGUGUAUUCAUGGGCUCGUGACGAACAUCUCAGCAUCCAUAUCCCACUGGGCUGUAGCUGACGCCCAAAUUUUAUUGCAGCGCUGCGUGACCGAACUGGCCUACUAUGCGCUCAAGGAUCGCCGUCGCCUUCAGAGUCCUUCUGCGUCAAUAUGGGCGUGUGAAUGCGGGACUUCGGUGCCACGGCGCCGCCUGCUGAGGAUGACGAGCCGCCGGCUGUCGUUAGCAGGCGGAGAAGGGAGACACAUGUGGAGCCAGUCAAGAGAGCACGGACAGGGCAUUUGUCUCUUGCUGGAUGCAGCGUCGCUCUCCUUUUUCUUUUCACACAAGUUACUCCAGGGGCUGUUCGUGUAUGCCAUCUGUCGUGCGGAUAUCAGUGUCUGCGCGGAAAUCCGCGGACAGCUUAAGCAGCAGCUUGUGGCGGGCAUCAAAAAGUCUCUGAAGCCACGACCAGUUAUCAUCGCAGCUGGCAGCAGUGCGGAGGAUGCAGCGAUGAUGCAGGAGGCCACAGUUGGUAUCAUGGUGCUGUCUCCGUCGGCGCACGAAGAGAGCUGGGGUUUGCGGGUCUUACCAAACAAGGGUCUCACCUGCAGCAGCAGCAGGACAUGA